AUCCCAGCAUUCCCACCGUGCCGACGCCAAGAUGGCGGCCCCCAUGUUGCGGUGCUUUUCCCGGGGUCGGUGGUUUAGGAGCCCAGGCCCACCUGGAGUCUUGCUCCUGGGAUUACGUGAGUCCCAUUCGGGCGCCCAAGGGUUGUUGGCGGUGCAGAAGGCUCGGGGUCUGUUCAAGGAGUUUUUCCCCGAGAGGGGUACGAAUAUAGAGCUCCCAGAGCUCUUCGACCGCGGCACGGGCAACUUUCCCCAGACCGUCUACUGCGGGUUCGACCCCACGGCCGACUCGCUUCACGUGGGGCAUCUGCUGGCGCUGCUGGGCCUGUUUCACUUCCAGCGAGCCGGCCACAAUGUGAUCGCACUGGUGGGAGGUGCCACCGCGCGCCUGGGCGACCCCAGCGGCCGUACCAAGGAACGAGAGGCGCUGGAACCAGAGCGCGUGCGAAGCAAUGCGCGCGCCCUGCGCCAGGGGCUCGAGGCCAUGGGGGCUAAUCACCAACAGCUCUUCGCUAAUGGGCGCACCUGGGGAAGCUUCACGGUACUGGACAAUUCGGCCUGGUACCAGAAGCAGCACCUGGUGGACUUCCUAGCGGCCGUGGGCGGGCAGUUCCGCAUGGGCACGCUCCUCAGCCGUCAGAGCGUCCAAGCCAGGCUCAGGAGUCCCGAGGGCAUGAGCUUGGCCGAGUUUUUAUACCAGGUGCUCCAGGCCUAUGACUUCUACUAUCUGUUCCAGCAUUAUGGAUGCCGGGUCCAGCUGGGUGGAUCUGAUCAGCUGGGCAACAUCUUGUCCGGAUACGAGUUUAUCCACAAGUUGACUGGAGAAGAUGUGUUUGGAAUCACUGUUCCUCUAAUUACAAGUACAACCGGAGCAAAACUGGGAAAGUCUGCUGGUAAUGCUGUUUGGCUAAACAGAGAUAAGACCUCUCCAUUUGAAUUGUAUCAGUUCUUUGUCAGGCAGCAGGAUGAUUUGGUAGAAAGGAGGAAGAGUCCCUGGCAUCCACUUGGUAAAUCCCACCAGGAAGGUCAAGAACUUGGGCUGGUUCUCUGUGACAUGGCAUUGUGUCAGUGCAUCCAUGCCCAUAAUAAGGAAAGGGCCAAGGAAGCUACCACCAGAAGAAGCCCUUUGAAGUACCUGAAGCUCUUCACUUUUCUGCCCCUGCCAGAGAUUGACCACAUCAUGCAGCUGCAUGACAAAGAGCCAGAAAAGCGGGGUCCUCAGAAACGACUUGCUGCAGAAGUUACGAAGCUUGUUCAUGGACAAGAAGGGCUAGAUUCUGCUAAAAGGUGUACGCAAGCCCUUUAUCAUAGCAGUACUGAUGCACUGGAGGUCAUGUCUGAUCAAGAGUUGAAAGAGUUGUUUAAAGAAGCUUCAUUUUCUGAAUUAGUUCUUGAUCCAGGAACAAGUGUCCUAGAUACAUGCCGCAAAGCAAAUGCCAUUCCAGAUGGUCCCCGAGGGUAUCGGAUGAUAACAGAAGGUGGAGUCAGUAUAAAUCACAGACAAGUAACAAAUCCUGAGACUGUUUUGGUUGUUGGACAACACAUUCUUAAGAAUGGACUUUCAUUACUUAAAAUAGGAAAAAGGAAUUUCUACAUUAUAAAAUGGCUGCAGCUAUGAUGAAAAAUCCUUCAGGUGGUUCAAACAGACUUACCCAUCUCCUUCUCAAGAUGUACCAAAGGUUGGCUCCAGAACUCACACUUUUGCUCAUGCAUGUCAAACCGCAGAGAAUGGAGCACACUCUAGGCCUCAGAGCGCAACCGUUUACGAAGAAGACAAGUCACUACUUCAACUAUGGCAUCAUGAAGUUUAGGAAACCGCAACAACUCCUAUAUAUGAUGGAAGAAAGAAAAAUAGAACAGUCUGCCUUGUUUAAAGGAAAAUUAAAUAAUCACCAAAACAGCGAAUUAGACUUUAAGCUACAUUUAAGCAUACUACUUCAAAUCACUUUCCGAUCGGGAAAAUGCAGAUUUUAAGUUACCUUUAGCCCAUCUUCCAUGUUUCCUCCCCCCCCCAGGAAACCAGCACUUCCUGUCUUGUACUAUCUCACCUGACAUGUGUGACAUUUCGCAGUUACCUGUGUACUGUAAUUGCUACAGUGCUGAAUGAUCCUUUGCAUUUCCUCAUGAACCAGUUCCACACAACGCAGGCUGGGUUCUUCCAGACGUUUGAUUUGCCGCUUGACCAGUAACUCAAAUGAAACUUCAGGCACAAAUAAAGCAGGACGAGGACCCUAAAAAAGUUUUUGAGCUCUUAUUAUAACUACACAAAAUUUUAAUUCUUCCCUAGGUUAAAAUAAAUCAUGUUUUUUGGUAUUUUUCACGAAAAGUGCUUCCUAAUAAUCAAGUACGAGAGCAAAAAUACAAUUCGUUUAAAAAGAUACAGCUAAUGGGUUAAAAAUUAUAAUAAACCUUUAACCUCUUUUCAAAAAAUUCUAGAAGUUGAGCAUACUCACAGUAGCAUUUCUAAUGGCGGUCAAAAUGUCAAUAGUGUUAAGGCCACCUAGUGGGUCAACAGAUUCUAAAGUUCGCCCAAAAGUCUCAUGGAAAAUAUAACAUAUCCUAGCACCACCGCAUCUGAAAGGCAAUGAAGUAUAUGGUUUCUAUUAUUACUAAAAGGGAAAGAAGCUACAAGUUAGAAGUCUUCCUAUAAGCCUUUAAGGUCUUAUUUUCUGAGAAAGUCUCAAAUAAUUACAUUUAGAUAAUUUUCAUGUGUUCUCAACUCCAUUAUGAACCAGUUUCUCUUAAUUUUUUCUUUUAAUGAAGGAGAGUCAUUCAACAAAAAGGCAUUCAUCACAUGUAUAUGUGCGUGUUGGCGUGCACACACACACACAGAGUAACUGUUUUGUCAGAAAACAUCAGUUCACUAAGUACUAAACAUCUUUUCUCUGCCCUAGUUUUCUUGACUAUGAGCUUUUUAAAAGACAAGAAACAGAAUCUUAUUUAUUUCUGUUUAUCCACAAUUUACAGGAGACACAGACAAACUUUUCCUGUAAAGGACCAGAUAGUAAAUAGUUGAGGCCUUUCGGGCCACAGAAUCUCUACCACACGACUCCGUUGUACCACUGAGCACAAAAGCAGCUACAGACAAAAUAUAAACAAAUAAGCACAGCUGUGUUCCAGUAAAACUUACGCACGCUAAAAUUUGGAUUCUACAUAAUUUUCCCACGUCAUGAAAUAUUCUUUGAAUUUUUUUCAACCAUUUAAAAAUGUAAAAAUCCUUCUUAGCCAAUGGGCUACAGUUUGCUCCUGCUUUAAACAAAUUAAAUCUCUAUUACGCACUACUUUCUUACAGUUGUCUAAGCAGAAGGUACUAGCCUAACAUGCUAAGUGAAAUAAGCCAGACACAAAAGGACAAAUAUUGUAUGAUUCCCCUCAUAUAAAAUACCUAGAAUUAGCCAAUUCACAGAGACCGGAGGAGGAGGGAACAAAGAGAUACUGCUUAAUGGAUAGAGUUUGUUGGGGUGAUAAAAAUUUUAGAAAUAGAUGCGAUUUGAUGAUGUGACAAUACUGUGACUUUAACUGGAUGCCAUUAAAUUAUACUUAAAAGUAGUUAAAUUACCAGUCUGCCUCCAACCUUCCCCUUCUCCACCUAAUGUUCCAUAACGACUAGAAUUAUCCUUCUUAAAUGGGUACUCCUCUGACUGAAAGUGUUCUUUCAGUCAAUUCUCCAAAUUCUGAAGAUUUUUGGCUUUCCACGAUUUGUUCUGAGAUGCCUUUGCUGCCUGCCUCCUGUUAUAUCCUGUCGCGCACAUGCCGUUCUCCAAAUACACCCCGCGCUACUCUUUGCUGUCCCAAAGCCUAAAGCACCCUUCUACUUAUUGCCUCCCAAAUUCUAUUCAGAGCCCAACUGAAACAAUUUUUUUUUUUUAAAGAUUUUUAUUUAUUUAUUUGACAGAGAGAGAGACAGCGAGAGAGGGAACACAAGCAGGGGGAGUGGGAGAGGGAGAAGCAGGCUUCCUGCCGAACAAGGAGCCCAACGCAGGGCUCGAUCCCAGGACCCUGGGAUCAUGACCUGAGCGGAAGGCAGACGCUUAACGACCGAGCCACCCAGGCGCCCCUAAACACAUUCUUAACUAUGACACUCUCCCAGUGCCUGAGAGAAAUGUAAAUGGUCUCUCUUCAAUGUUUUAAAGGCUUAAAUGAUUACAGAUAUUUGCUUUAUUAACUACUUAUAAAACUCCCCAUAUAUGUUAUAAGCACAUUUCUGGGUAUGUAUUAUAUUUAAUAAAUAUUUAAAUAAAAAUACUUGAUUAUA